GACCGACUUACUCCAGUGCUGAGCUGGCGGGCACCGCGACCGCCUCGGUCUGCCUAACAUGUGUCUUCAGGUGACUUAUUGAGUGGAUUGUGCAUUUGUGUUACUACAAGUGAAGACAGAAACCAACCCUAGUGUGACACUUACAGGAUAUUUCACCAACUUACGGAGAAGCGGCGGGCGAAUAACAGAUCAAGGAUGUUGAUACGGUGUCCAGCGGCAGCGUGUGUCGCGGCGCUGCUAUUGGCUAUCACAUCCACCGCGGCAGAUGGAAGUCUCUUCACGUGUCCAAACGGUUGGGAGCUGAAAGGCCUACAUUGUUACAAAUUCUUCAACAUAAGGCAUUCUUGGGAAAAGGCGGCCGAAUUAUGUCGGAGGUACGGAAGCGAGUUGAUGGUGGUAGACACAUAUUCAGAGAACAACAUGACUGCCAACAUGGUGCCGGUCAGUCCCAGCAACAACCACUACUGGCUGGGGCUCGCGACCGUCGAUGACCUCAGGACCAACACGCUGGAGUCAGCUGCUGGCUCGCUGGUGUCGCAGUAUGCCGGGUUCUGGGACCUGAGGCAGCCGAACCCCAAGGACGGCGAGUGUGUUGACGUGCACGUCUCGGCCGAGAGCCAGUCCUGGGAACUCACCACAUGCGAGACGCUUCUGCCAUUCAUGUGCAGAGCCAACGCGUGCCCUGCUGGAACCUUCCAUUGUUCUAAUGGACGAUGCAUUAACGCAGCCUUCAAAUGUGAUAAACAAGACGACUGCGGUGACGCUUCCGACGAAAUGGACUGUUCUAAUGAAUGCCACUUCUACAUGGCGAGCAGCGGCGACGUGGUGGAGAGCCCCAACUACCCCCACAAGUACCCUCCUCUCAGCGAAUGUAAAUGGACUCUCGAAGGCCCACAAGGCCAAAACAUAGUUCUACAGUUCCAAGAUUUCGAAACUGAAAAAUCUUUUGAUACUGUUCAAAUCUUAGUGGGUGGUAGGACAGAAGAGAAAUCUGUUAACUUAGCUACUCUUUCUGGAAAACAAGACUUAUCUAACAAACUUUACGUAUCUGCUUCGAACUUCAUGAUAAUUAAAUUUAGCACUGACGGAUCUGUCGAAAGGAAAGGAUUCCGCGCUUCAUGGAAGACUGAGUCAUCGAACUGCGGUGGCAUACUUAGAGCAACUCCGCAAGGUCAGGUAUUGACUUCACCAGGAUAUCCCAACGGCUAUCCAGGUGGAUUGGAGUGCGUCUACAUAAUUGAGGCACAACCUGGCAGAAUUGUCUCUUUGGAAAUUGAAGACUUAGAAUUAGGAAUGAACCGCGAUUACAUCAUAAUUAAGGAUGGUAAUACUCCAUCUAGCCCAGUGUUAGCAAGAUUAACAGGUCCCGGAGAAGAUAAUCAGAAGGUCGUCGUAUCUACUACGAACCAUCUCUAUAUGUACUUCCGAACUAGUCUGGGUGACUCGAAGAAAGGCUUCAACAUGAGAUACUCGCAAGGCUGCAGAGCAACCAUCAUUGCUGCCAAUGGUACAUUUACAUCGCCAGCAUUUGGGCUUAGCAGUUACCCCAACAACCAAGAAUGCUUGUACAGAGUAAAGAACCCUAACGGCGGACCACUUUCACUGAAAUUCGACGAUUUUCAAAUUCACCCAUCAGAUGUGGUUCAAGUAUUCGAUGGAGCAAGCACAGGUGGUUUGAGAUUGCACUCCGAAAACGGUUUCACUGUAAAGCCAAGAAUUACAUUGACAGCUUCAAGUGGAGAGAUGUUGAUUCGAUUUGUGUCCGAUGCACUACAUAAUGGAGAAGGUUGGAAGGCGACGUUCUCAGCAGAUUGCCCACCGCUUAAAUCCGGAAUUGGUGCCCUAGCAUCGAACAGGGAUACCGCCUUCGGAACGCAAGUAACUUUCUCUUGUCCAAUUGGUCAAGAGUUUGCCACUGGAAAAUCAAGUAUCUCUACUGAAUGUUUGGAUGGAGGAAAAUGGUCAACCACAUACAUCCCGAGUUGUCAAGAGGUAUACUGUGGACCUGUUCCACAAAUUGACAAUGGUUUCUCAAUUGGAUCCACGAAUGUAACGUACAGAGGUGUUGCUACAUACCAAUGUUACGCUGGUUUUGCUUUCCCCACGGGACAACCUAUUGAAAAGAUCUCUUGUCUUUCUGAUGGACGAUGGGAAAGAACUCCGACUUGCCUUGCAUCUCAAUGUGUGGCCCUCGCUGAUGUCCCUCAUGCAAACGUUACCAUCUUGAACGGCGGAGGCAGAAGCUACGGCACGAUCGUGCGAUACGAGUGCGAACCUGGCUAUGUCAGAUCUGGACAACCAGUACUUCUGUGCAUGAGCAAUGGAACUUGGUCAGGAGAUGUGCCGACAUGUACUAAAGCUAUGUGCCCUAUCUUUCCUGAAAUCAAAAAUGGAUUCAUUGUUGACCAAACCAGAAUUUACAUGUACGGUGACGAGGCCAGAGUUCAGUGCUUCAAAGGAUUCAAACUGAAUGGGCCAAGCGCUCUCAAGUGUGGACCUAAUCAGGAAUUUGAUUCGCCACCGACUUGUGAUGAUGUCAACGAGUGUCACAGCAGCCAAUGUGAUGCCGCCUCCACUGAUUGUAAGAACACUCAAGGAGGGUUCUACUGUCCUUGCCGACCUGGCUUCACACCCAGUCUAGACUGCAGGCCAGUUGGUGACCUGGGAUUGAUAAACGGUGCUGUCCCCGAUGAAUCAAUCACAACCUCUACGCCUGAAGCUGGUUACAAUAAGGGCAUGGUUCGAUUAAACAACGGAGGCGGAUGGUGCGGUAACAAUUUAGAAGCCGGUGCAAAUUGGGUGUUAAUUGACUUGCGAGCGCCUACCAUUAUCAGAGGAUUCCGCACGAUGAGUGUUAUGCGAGCUGACGGGAAUAUCGCUUUCACUUCUGCAAUUAGGAUUCAGUACAGCAACGACCUGACUGAUGUAUUCAAAGAUUACACGAACCCUGACGGCACCGCUGUUGAAUUCCGUAUCCUGGAGCCCACUCUAUCAGUCCUGAACCUACCAAUGCCAAUUGAAGCACAGUACGUCAAGUUUAAGAUUCAAGAUUACGUUGGGGCUCCAUGUUUGAAAAUUGAGAUCAUGGGCUGCGCACGCCUUGACUGUCUUGAUAUCAAUGAAUGUAGCGAAAACAAUGGAGGAUGCGAUCAAAAAUGUUUGAAUACACCUGGAAACUUCUCCUGCGCCUGUAACAUCGGAUACGAGUUGUACUCUUCAAAUGGAACAGCCGGAUUUGCCAUUGAGCUCUCUGAAACUGGUGAAAGGGACGGUGACACGUACCAAAGAAACAAAUCAUGUGUCCCGGUAAUGUGUCCGCCUUUAGCAUCACCUGAAAGUGGAAAACUGCUAUCUACAAAGAACUCUUACCAUUUCGGUGACAUCGUACAAUUCCAAUGCGACUUCGGAUACGUUAUGUCUGGAUUUUCUUCUUUACUUUGUACAUCAAGUGGUACAUGGAACGGAACUACACCUGAAUGUCAAUAUGCUCGUUGUGUUACGUUAUCCGAUGACAAAAACGAUGGACUAAAAGUAAUACGUGAAGACCCAGAAAGUGUAUUGGUGCCAUACAGAGACAAUGUGACGAUCACCUGCUCUUCACCUGGAAGACAAUUGAGAAAUACCAUUACUUCAUCUUUCAGACAGUGUGUCUAUGAUCCCAAGCCGGGUCUUCCAGACUACUGGCUAUCAGGGGCUCAACCUCAGUGCCCGAGGAAAGACUGUGGCGUCCCGAUGCCUACACCUGGUGCGGAAUACGGACAAUACUUGGACACCAGAUAUCAAAGUUCUUUCUUCUUCGGCUGUCAAAACACAUUCAAAUUGGCUGGACAAACAAGCAAACAUGACAAUGUCGUCAGAUGCCAAGCUAACGGUAUUUGGGACUUCGGUGAUCUGAGAUGUGAGGGACCAGUGUGCGAAGAUCCUGGUAGGCCAGCUGAUGGCUACCAAAUCGCAAGGAGCUACGAACAAAGUUCUGAAGUUCUCUUCGGUUGCUCCAGACCUGGAUACAUUCUUAUCAACCCUAGACCUAUUACUUGUGUACGUGAACCCGAAUGCAAAGUCAUCAAACCUCUAGGUUUGGCUUCAGGUAGAAUCCCAGACUCGGCUAUUAACGCCACUUCAGAAAGACCUAACUACGAAGCUAAGAACAUACGUCUCAAUUCGGUUACCGGCUGGUGUGGUAAACAAGAAGCAUUCACAUACGUCAGCGUUGAUUUAGGAAAAGUGCACAGAGUAAAGGCUAUAUUGGUAAAGGGUGUUGUAACAUCCGACAUCGUUGGUCGCCCAACAGAAAUCAGAUUCUUCUACAAACAAGCCGAAAAUGAAAAUUACGUUGUGUACUUCCCUAACUUUAACCUUACCAUGAGAGACCCUGGGAACUACGGUGAACUUGCAAUGAUCACUUUGCCCAAAUAUGUACAAGCACGAUUUGUUAUUUUGGGUAUCGUUAGUUUUAUGGACAACGCGUGUUUGAAGUUUGAACUUAUGGGAUGUGAUGAACCUACCGCUGAACCGUUAUUAGGUUAUGACUACGGAUAUUCUCCUUGUGUUGACAAUGAACCACCAGUAUUCCAGAACUGUCCCCAGCAACCAAUCAUCGUGCAUACAGAUGUUAAUGGCGGACUUUUACCAGUCAAUUUCACUGAACCAACGGCCACUGAUAAUUCGGGUGCCAUAGCUCGUUUGGAAGUAACACCACAGCAUUUCAGAACACCACUUCAAGUUUUCCAUAACAUGGUUGUACGAUAUGUGGCAUUUGAUUUUGAUGGAAACGUCGCCAUUUGUGAAGUCAACAUCACAGUACCUGAUUACACUCCGCCAAAACUAAGUUGCCCACAAAGCUAUGUCAUCGAGCUAGUCGAUAAACAAGACAGUUACGCUGUUAACUUCAAUGAAACCAGAAGAAGGAUUAAUGCAUCAGAUGCAUCUGGAGAAGUUUUCUUGAAAUUCAUUCCUGAAAGAGCUGUUAUACCAAUUCGUGGAUUUAAAAACGUAACUGUAGUUGCUUCAGAUAAAUACGGCAACAAGGCUCAGUGUCACUUCCAGGUAUCAGUCCAAGCCACACCUUGCGUUGACUGGGAAUUAACUGCGCCAGCUAAUGGUGCGCUGAACUGUUUGCCAGGAGACAGAGGCAUUCAGUGCAUAGCAACUUGCAGUCCUGGGUUCAGGUUCACUGACGGAGAGCCAGUCAAGACUUUCGUGUGUGAAACCAAACGCCAAUGGAACCCUACCGCUGUUGUACCAGAUUGUGUGUCUGAAAAUACCCAACAGGCCGCCUACCAUGUAAUCGCUGGUGUCCAAUACCGUGCUCUUGGAGCUGUAUCGAAUGCGUGUCUUCCUCAAUACAAGGACUUGCUAGCUCAGUACGACAACAUCUUAAAUGAGAGACUUACACAACGCUGUUCAGCUGUAAACGUCAACAUCAAUGUUACAUUUAUCAAGGCAAUGCCAAGCCUCCUUGACGAAAAUGUUGUGAAAAUGGACUUCAUUUUAGCUAUUACACCUGCAAUCAGACAAACUCAACUGUAUGACCUCUGUGGAUCUACUCUCAACCUCAUCUUCGAUCUGUCUGUGCCAUAUGCGAGUGCACUUAUCGAACCUGUACUAAAUGUAUCAUCUAUUGGGAACCAAUGUCCACCACUACGUGCAAUCAGAAGCUCUAUUUCCAGAGGAUUCACUUGUAGUGUUGGCGAGGUGUUGAAUAUGGAUACAAACGAUGUCCCUAGAUGCUUACAUUGCCCAGCUGGUACUUUCGCUGGAGAAAAACAGAAGUCCUGUACAAUGUGUCCACGAGGCUACUUCCAAAAUCAAGCUCGUCAAGGAGCAUGUCUGAAAUGUCCUCAAGGAACUUUCACACGCGAAGAAGGCUCCAAGGACGUCAACGACUGUAUACCAGUUUGCGGAUAUGGUACUUACUCACCCACCGGCUUAGUUCCUUGCUUAGAAUGUCCAAGAAACAGUUACACUGGUGAGCCACCAGUAGGAGGUUUUAAAGACUGUCAAGCGUGUCCUAUCAACACUUACACAUACCAGCCAGCUGCUCCCGGCCGAGACAAAUGUAGAGCCAAGUGUGCAGCGGGAACAUAUUCACCAACCGGCCUAGCUCCGUGCUCUCAAUGCCCCAGGAACUUCUACCAAAAUGUAGUAGGCACCACAUCGUGUAUGGAGUGCCCAACAAACAUGAAGACUGUUGGCACUGGAGCUACCGGCUUAGAAGAGUGCAUACCAGUUGAAUGUUCGAACAGUGCUUGCCAACAUGGAGGUUUGUGUGUACCUAAAGGCCACGGGGUUCAAUGUUACUGUCCUGCUGGUUUCUCUGGCCGCAGGUGUGAAAUAGAUAUCGACGAAUGUGCUAGCCAACCUUGUUACAACGGAGGAACUUGCAACGAUUUACCACAAGGAUACAGGUGCAAUUGCCCGCCUGGCUAUGGCGGUAUCAACUGUCAAGAAGAGAAGUCAGAUUGCCGAAACGAUACUUGCCCUGAAAGAGCAAUGUGCAAAGACGAGCCCGGAUACAACAACUUCACUUGCUUAUGUAGAUCCGGUUACACUGGAGUUGACUGUGAUGUAACGAUUGAUCCAUGCACAGCAAACGGAAACCCUUGCACAAACGGAGCCAGUUGUAUAGCUUUACAACAAGGACGUUUCAAGUGUGAGUGCUUACCCGGCUGGGAAGGCCAACUAUGCGAUAUCAACACUGACGACUGUAUCGAAAAGCCAUGUCUGCUCGGAGCUCCUUGUACAGAUUUAGUAAACGACUUCAGCUGUGCCUGCCCACCUGGAUUCACAGGAAAACGAUGCCACGAAAAGAUUGACUUAUGCUCGAACGAUCCUUGCAAACAUGGUGUGUGCGUGGACAAACUAUUUAUUCAUCAGUGUGUCUGUGAGCCUGGUUGGACUGGACCUUCUUGCGAUAUCAACAUCAAUGAGUGUUUGAUAUCUCCUUGUGAGAACGGAGGACAAUGUAUCGAUAGCAUAGACGAUUACACUUGCAACUGUGAAGCUGGCUUCACAGGAAAGAGGUGUCAGCACACAAUCGACGAUUGCUCGUCCAACCCAUGCCAGAACAGUGCUACAUGCAUCGACCAACUGGACGGCUUUGUGUGCAAGUGUCGACCAGGAUUCAUCGGACUUCAAUGCGAAACCGAGAUUGAUGAAUGUUUGACUGAGCCUUGCAAUCCAGUAGGAACUGACAGUUGCAUAGAUCUUGACAACAAAUUCCAGUGCGUCUGCCGUGAAGGAUUUACAGGAGCAAUGUGUGAAACGAAUAUCGAUGACUGCGCUUCAGACCCCUGCUUCAAUGGUGGAUCGUGUCACGAUGAAGUUGGAGGCUACAAGUGUAUUUGUCAACCAGGAUGGACCGGACAACGAUGUGAGAGAGAUAUUGGAAACUGUGUCAACCAGCCUUGUCAAAACCAUGCUAAUUGCAUUGACUUAUUCCAAGACUUCUUCUGCGUGUGCCCCAGUGGAACGGACGGAAAACAAUGUGAAACCGCGCCUGAAAGAUGUAUCGGUAGCCCCUGCAUGCACGGCGGCAAAUGCCAAGACUUUGGUUCUGGCCUCAACUGUUCUUGCUCUAGUGAUUACACCGGCAUAGGUUGUCAGUACGAAUUCGACGCUUGUGAAGCUGGGCUUUGCCAGAACGGUGCUACCUGCGUUGAUGAAGGUUCAGAUUACUCCUGCGUUUGCGCACAAGGUUUCACCGGAAAGAACUGUGAUGAAGAUAUCAUUGACUGCAAAGAUAACUCGUGCCCACCAUCUGCAACUUGUAUUGACUUACCUGGAAGAUUCUACUGCCAGUGUCCAUUCAACCUUACUGGAGAUGAUUGCAGGAAGACUAUCAGUGUGGACUACGACCUAUACUUCAGUGAUCCUAUGCGAUCAACUGCCGCACAAGUGGUACCGUUUGAGACUGGAUCUACAGACAGUAUGACCAUCGCUUUAUGGGUACAAUUUACUCAGCAAGAUGAAGGUGGAAUCUUCUUCACAGCUUACAGCGUCAGUAACUCCCACAUCGCACUAAACAGAAGGACAAUCAUUCAAGCUCAUUCAAACGGUGUGCAAAUAUCUCUCUUCCCUGAACUCCAAGAUGUUUACUUGAGUUUCGGCGAGUACGCUACAGUGAACGAUGGACAGUGGCAUCAUGUAGCCAUCGUCUGGGACGGUAAUAACGGUGGAGAACUGACUCUGAUCACUGAGGGUCUUAUUGCAAGCAAGAUUGAAGGAUACGGCAGUGGUCGCACUCUACCAAAAUACGUUUGGGUCACAUUGGGUAAACCACAAUCUGAAAACCCUAAGGGAUACACCGAAUCAGGAUUCCAGGGACAUUUGACCAAAGUACAAGUAUGGAACCGUGCCUUAGAUGUAACCAACGAAAUUCAGAAGCAAGUGCGAGACUGCAGAAGUGAACCAGUCUUGUACAGCGGAUUGGUUCUCACCUGGGCCGGUUAUGAAGACAUUGUCGGAGGUGUUGAAAGAAUUGUGCCAUCACAUUGCGGACAAAGGGUCUGUUCCAACGGCUACGCAGGAUCCAAGUGCCAGCAAUUGCAAGUCGACAAAGAACCUCCUAAAGUCGAACACUGCCCUGGCGACCUAUGGGUCAUCGGAAAGAACGGAUCGUCUAUUGUCAACUGGGAUGAGCCGGCAUUCAGUGAUAACGUUGGGGUUGUCAAAGUCGUUGAAAACUCCGGUCAUCGACCAGGACAGAACCUUGCUUGGGGAGCGUAUGACAUCGCUUACGUGGCUUACGAUUCUGCUGGCAACGCUGCCACUUGCACGUUCAAGGUCACCGUAUUAUCUGAAUUCUGCCCACCAUUAGCCGAUCCUCUGGGUGGUUACCAAUCUUGCCGAGACUGGGGUGCAGGAGGUCAAUUCAAGGUCUGCGAGAUCGCUUGCCGCGAUGGUCUGAGAUUCUCACAGAACGUUCCUCCAUUCUACACUUGCGGCGCUGAAGGAUUCUGGCGCCCAACCACCAACCCCAGUUUACCAUUGGUCUACCCUGCUUGCUCUCCUGCUUCACCGGCUCAGCGCGUGUUCAAGGUUUCGAUGUUGUUCCCGAGCUCCGUGUUAUGUAACGAUGCCGGUCAGGCUGUGCUCAGACAGAAAGUGCGAAGUGCCAUCAAUCAACUUAACAGGGACUGGAACUUCUGCUCUUAUGCUGUGGAUGGAACACGCGAAUGCAAAGAAUUGGACAUCAAUGUGAAGUGCGACAAUCGCAACAACAAUCGUCAAACUAGACAAGUCUCUUCACCACCAACUACCAAUGCUGAAGACACGUAUGUGUUGGACGCUAUCAUCCCAGUUGAAGAGUCUCGAGGCAGUAGGGAGGGUCGGCAAGCUGGCGAUACAUACAAUGUUGAGAUUUCCUUCCCGGCUAUCAAUGAUCCAGUAAUCCACAAUGGUAACAACGAGAGGUCGACUGUGCAGCGUCUAUUAGAGAAGUUGAUUCUUGAAGACGAACAGUUCGACGUACGGAACAUCCUCCCCAACACCGUCCCAGACCCAGCCAGUUUACAGCUAGUAUCCGACUACGCCUGCCCUAUGGGUCAGGUCGUUAUGGCUCCUGAUUGUGUGGCCUGCUCAGUUGGAACAUUCCUGGACGUAGCCAGUGACACCUGUAAGCCAUGCCCCUCUGGUACCUACCAGUCGGAAGCCGGACAACUGCAGUGUACCAAGUGCCCAGCCAUAGCCGGCCAGUCUGGGGUCACCCAGUCAACGGGGGCUAGGAGCGCUGCUGAUUGUAAAGAACGCUGUGCUGCCGGUAAAUUCUACGAUGCUGAAGCGGAACUUUGUAGGCCUUGUGGCCACGGGUCGUACCAGCCUCGCGAGGGGGCAUUCUCCUGCAUCUCCUGUCCUCGAGGCCAGACCACCAGGGCUACUGAGGCCGUUUCUGCUGUCGAGUGCCGAGACGAUUGUGCUUCUGGCGAGCAGCUAAGCAGCGACGGUGGUUGCGAGCCCUGCCCGCGCGGCACAUACCGCGCCACCGGCUCCGGAGCCGCCUGCGCUUCCUGCCCUCCUGGUACCACCACCCCCAACACGGGGGCGUCUGCCGCCGACCAAUGCUCUUUGCCCGUCUGCAAGCCUGGUUCAUACCUCAACGCGACGCUCAACACCUGCGUGCAGUGCAAGAAAGGGACUUACCAGUCAGAGUCACAGCAGAUGGCGUGCAUACCGUGUCCGAUCAACACAAGCACAAGGGGUGCUGGCGCUACUGCGGAGUCGGAGUGCACGAACCCUUGUGAGAUGAGUGGCCCCGAAAUGCAUUGCGAUACAAACGCCUACUGCCUUCUGAUACCCGAGACCAGCGAGUUCAAGUGUCAAUGCAAGCCCGGAUUCAACGGCACGGGCAAAGUCUGCACAGACGUUUGCCUGAACUACUGCGACAAUGGCGGCGAGUGCGUGAAGGACAUCCGCGGGGACCCGUCGUGUCGGUGCGUCGGCUCGUUCACUGGAAGACAUUGCCGGGAGAAGAGCGAGUUCGCCUACAUAGCCAGCGGAGUGGCCGGAGGAGUCAUAUUCAUCAUCUUCCUUGUGCUGCUCGUAUGGAUGAUAUGUGCUAGAUCGACAAAGAAGAAGGAACCAAAGAAGACGCUAACACCAGCGAUAGACCAGAACGGAUCCCAAGUGAACUUCUACUACGGAGCGCAUACGCCUUACGCAGAGUCUAUCGCUCCGUCUCACCACUCCACCUAUGCACACUAUUACGACGACGAGGAGGACGGCUGGGAAAUGCCCAACUUCUACAAUGAAACAUACAUGAAGGAGAGCCUUCACAACGGCAUGAAUGGCAAGAUGAACAGUCUGGCGCGGUCGAACGCUAGCAUCUACGGGACCAAGGAAGACCUCUACGACCGGCUCAAGCGACACGCGUACCCGGGUAAGAAAGAUAAGAGUGACAGCGACAGCGAGGGUCAGUAAACAGGAGGUCAGCGGUUUGUCGUAUUCUGGUCAAAUUUACUUAAUAACUAUCGUACUAGUUUCAAUUCUCGGUAUACCCGAACAAUAAUAGUCAUUAUUAUUGUAUAAUUGUCUGUAUAGGUGAUUACGACGAAGUCUCAGCGCCAGUGGCGGUGAAUAAACCGAGCGUUAUUGAAUAGUGGUGUAUUGUAGAGUGUUAUAUUCUAUGGUAGCUUUAUUAAGACUUUAGUUAUUAUUUUUAUGAAGUUUGUGUAUUAACACACUCACUGUUUUGGUAUCACAUGUCCACCCUUAAAUAUUUACAUUAGAUAACAAUUAAAUGUCAACUUAGAUGUCCAUUUUCUAUUGGUAGACACACUUAAAUAGUUACUGAUAGUAAACAUAUUUUGAAACAGUGAAUGUGUUGAUGUCCUAAAGAGAUUAUGUGGUCAACGAACAAAUGCUCAAGUAUUUUAUUAUAAGGCGAACACUGCCAUAUUGAGUAGCAGGGCUUCAUCGAAUUUUGAGUUAUCGUGAGAGAAAUAUUAUACGCAACAUUCCAAUCAUAAAUAUAGUACUGUUGUAUGUAAAUAUAAAUUUAGUAUUAUUCUGUAUAUUAUGUGGUAAACCUCAUUGAUGUAACCUUUAAAUAGUAGCAGAGUUAAUUAUUGUUGAAGUAAGGAGAUAGAAUAGGUAAAUACAUAAUUUUAAUCAAGAUGAAACGGUCUGCAAAUACUUAACUGUUUUUGGAUAAUCGUUUUGACUGCACUUCUAAUAGAAAGUUUUGCAUAAUAAAUAAGUUUAAGUAUAUAUUUUUGUAUUAUAAACGGGACUGUAUUUUUUACCUUGAGUGCAUGCGUGUGUGAACAGAAAUGAGGUGAGUGUAUGUAUGUAUGUAUAAACAGAUUUGUAUUAAAUGAAAUGCAACAAGAUGAAGUACGUACUUAAAAUAAGUUUUAAAAUGUUGACAUAAAUUGCAUACUAAUACUUACAUAACUUUUAGUAUUAUCUUUAUUUAAACUGAAUAUUUUCGUAAGUCAUAUUUUUACACCCUAGAUCUAUUUGAAAACGAUUCAAUUCUUAAUGUCAAUCAUCACAAAAAACGAAUCUUCGUCUUAUUUAUAUUUUCAUUCAUUUCUCGAUUUAUAUAAUACUCAGAUCUUCGAUUACCAUAAUAAAGUUUUACGCUGUAAUAUUUUUUACAAAAUGUUUAUGAGAAAUAAUAAAUAAACACAUAUUUUUUA